CUUGCGCUCGUCCUUGCCAAACAAACCUGAGUGUACUGGGCACAGGCACAGUGCAGAGCUGACAGCAGGAUACGACACAAACAUGUUGCUUAAAACAAGUCGGCUCUCGUUAAAAUGAAGAAUAAUUGGAAAACGGUGGUUUCAGGAUGAGGUGUUUGUCGUAUUACUAGUUUGAAUAAGAGAAAAAAUAAGAGUUUUGCUGCAUGUUUGUAACCUAAUAAUGGUGGCUAGCUGUUAGCAAACGUUAUCUUAACUUACCAUCAGACAAAUAAAACGUUUUUGUCACAAAAUGUAAAGCAGAUCACCAGAGAGAUGGACACACAUCCAUAAUCUCGAUGUUUACGACGAAACUUGGAAGAUCUAGCUCCUACAUGUGGGGGUCUACUGGUGAAUUGAUGCAGUGUCCUCUGUGAAUAGUCUCUAAUGAUGGGGAGUGGAGUUCAGGAACAGCGAGCAUCCCUUACUCAAGGAGAAGUGCUGCCAUGCGCAUCCUCCUCCACCUCUGAGAGCUUGAAGCAGACCCGCUCUGUGCUCAAUUCUCUCUUUUCUGGGGCCUUGGCUGGGGCAGUAGCCAAAACUGCAGUGGCCCCCUUGGAUAGAACAAAAAUCAUCUUUCAAGUGUCUUCAGCAAGAUUUUCAGCCAAGGAGGCCUAUAGGUUGAUUUACCGCACUUACCGGAAGGAUGGCUUCUUCAGUUUGUGGAGGGGAAAUUCGGCCACUAUGGUACGAGUCAUCCCAUAUGCUGCCAUUCAGUUCUGUGCACAUGAGCAGUACAAGAGACUGCUCGGAGGAUAUUAUGGUUUUCAGGGGAAAGCUCUACCUCCGAUUCAAAGGUUCUUGGCUGGAUCACUGGCUGGGACGACUGCUGCUAUGCUAACAUAUCCCCUAGACAUGGUGCGUGCCAGAAUGGCAGUAACACCAAAAGAGAUGUACAGUAACAUCUUACAUGUAUUUGUACGUAUAUCCCGAGAAGAGGGCUUGAAAACAUUGUAUCGAGGCUUCACCCCCACGUUGCUGGGAGUUGUGCCAUAUGCUGGCCUGAGUUUCUUCACCUAUGAAACACUAAAAAAGUUACAUGCAGAGCGCAGUGGGCGGGCUCAGCCCUACUCUUAUGAGCGCCUGGCCUUUGGAGCAUGUGCAGGGCUGAUUGGACAGUCUGCCUCUUACCCUCUAGAUGUGGUCCGAAGGCGCAUGCAGACAGCAGGAGUCACUGGGCAUACCUAUGGCACCAUCAUAAGCACAAUGAAGGAGAUUGUAUCUGAAGAGGGAGUCAUCCGAGGACUUUACAAAGGUCUCAGUAUGAACUGGGUCAAAGGGCCCAUAGCCGUAGGGAUAAGCUUUACUACUUUUGAUUUAACUCAGAUUCUUUUGAGGAAGCUCCAUCAAAUGGGUCACACAAGUCGAUAAUGAUAAAUAAAGGGAAACAAAAUGUAGGUAGUCGAUUCACAGUUCCUUUGAAUUGGAGCGAUGGACUGAUACAAAGCACACAGUGGCUCAGGAGGAGUGGAUACUUUUAUUGUAUUCUCUCACUUUCUCAUUGAGUACAAAGGGAUUGUUCCCUGUAAAUGUGAGUCCUGGAUGUGGUAUGGAAUAUCUGUACACAAGUGCAAUAUGCCAAAGCAAAAAUUACACAUGACCUGGGAAUCUAUGGCACACCUGUGGUUAUUGACAUUUUAAUGUCUGCCUCGCACAGAACAAUACUACAUGAGUAUUAAUGCUAUUUAUAAUUGAUUUAAAGCCUAACCAUGCAUAAAAGUAACAACAUUGCUAUUGUAUUAUUGCGAUAAUGUUACAGAAUACAAGAAUUGUGUUCUAUUUUAUGUGCCAACUUUAGCAGUGUCCAGUGUCCAGUUUUACCAUAGAAUAAGUAUAUUCACCAAUAGCUUGGUUAACAUACCAGGUGUUACAGUAUAAAUUCAUGACUUUAUCUGUGAUAUUUUGAAGCAGAUACAGUUACACAAAAGUUCUUCCAUUAUCUGAGCUGCAUCUUUCAACAUGGUCAAUAUGAGACCCCUUGGUGUGGUUUUGAGAGUGGACUAUUCUGACUGACAGUAUGCACAGAGACAGUAUGGAAUCACUGUGUAACAUUUUACCUCACUGUCUGUAUCUGGACAGACAUGUGUCUAUUUCUCACAAGGAAAUGCAUUUUGUAAAUCCAACUUUGUGUUGAUGGACUUUGGAGCCAGUGAAGUGUCAAUUGUCUCUAUAAUUAGACAGCACAGAUUGUGGUCUGAGCUGAAUGAGCAGCUGGGUGCGUAGUCAAGUGUAGCAGAAGCCAUUGAAGAAUGUGUCACAAUAAAAGCACAUCUCCAGCCCAGCAGCUGAAGAAAAUCCAAGGGCAUGUUGACAUUUUUGUGCUGUCAACAAAUACAGUUAUUUUUAGUUUGCUUCAUUUGUCUACACAAUGUUUGUUUUCUGUUUUAUUAUUGUAUGAUUGGAUUGAUGUUAUACACUGGCACAAACCCCCAGCACAGCAUGUUAUUGGUCAAAUGUUGACACACAGGGCCAUCCAGUACCUUCUUAUUUGUCUGGGCUAACUGUCAUUAGCCCUGUGUACCUGACAGCAGACAGAUCAGCUUCUGUUGACUUUAUAAUGUUUAAAAGCCUCAGGUUAAACAAGAGGAAAGAAAGUAACAAUCAACAUUAUUCCAAUGGGAGUCCAGAGAUGUGCUGCUGUGAAGAUAUGUGCUGAACUAACUUUUACGAAGUGCCUAAUGAGGAAAAACUAAGAUGUUUUACUGUGACUAAGCAACUCACAAAAGUGUUUCCUUUUUUACAUUUAGGCUACAUGUCAAUGUAGUUUCAGUUUUUUAUGUUAGAUUACUGACUCAAUAUUUGAAAUCAGGUGAAUUUAAAUGCACAACAACUGCCUUUCAAUGUAUUGCAUUUAAAAGAAUCUCAAGACUGGCUUCUAAGGCCUUAAGACACUAUUGUUUUUGUUUCUUCUUCUAAAGUGUGAAAAACAAUCAUCCCAAAAUAAUGCCAAAACUUCUUUCAGAGCUAAACUAGCCCAAAUGACUCUAAAUCUUCAUGAAAUUAUAAUUUAAUGAAAUGGUUUGCACAUGACAGUUGCAGGUGUUGGGGGCUGCCUGUCAUCACCUUAAAUCUGUUUGCAUGUUUAGUGAAGUGAAAUCUGUUUUGUUGCAGUGAAGCAUUUGUGCCAACCGAAUGUACUAAACCUCAUCUAUGAGCGAUUUUCCUGAAUAAAUGUAGAUUUUUUAACCCAAA